AUGUCGGCAGGUUCGGAACCGAUAACUCCACCAGUCUUUAAUGAGGAAGCAGCUAGAGGAGAUGAAGGCGUGCGAAGAUUGACCGUUGAGAAGUCAGGGGAGGACCCAUCAACCGCUACAAAAGAUGUCGUCAAUACUCGGUUGCAUCGUCGAUCAUCGAGCGGUCAUCGAGUUUCGGUUCUCACGGACGAUACUAACGCUUCAAGCGGAGCAGCAAGCAGAGCAAUGCACCCCACCCGAAAAAAGUCAUCGGGAAACGUGAAUUUCUUGAACAAUGUAGUAGACUUCCUGUGCACUUUGUACGGCAGAGACGUGGUUGAUAAGGACGAGCAGCAGGAGCCGCAACCCGGCCCGGACGCCAGCAUUAAAGAGGGAGUGCAAAAUACACCAUUACUUCCCGAUGUACUAACACCACAAACACCUUGUUUGGCAGUGGGCGGGGAUAUUCCAGUGGUGAAUGAGCGGCAUCAUUUAGCGCAACGGCAGCAUCCCCACACGCACUACGGUUUCAUCAGUGAUCGCCCACGCAUCCUCUCCGCGGUCCCCAUGGGAAGAAGUGUCAGUGAGGACAGGUUGCAAUUCAUUGUUGAACAAAUUCUUGAUGGUUACCGACGAAUAAACGAUAAAUCUAGAGCGACACCACAGGGGCGCCACUCCUUGAAGGAUGCGUGCAAUAAUGUUUCCGUCUUUGUAAACCAUGCUGUUGACAACCUUGUGGUAAGGGAGGCUUCCUUCUCCCUAGCGGAGACACGAUCAAACCAGUCCAUACUCUCAACAGCUUAUGACGGCUGCUUUCAAACUCCUCUCACCUUCCGCACCUUCAGUGAGAUUGGGGAAAUGGAUGAGGAGAGUGAGGUGUUGAUAAAACCCGACUUCCAUGCGGUACUUCCAACAUUUGAAAGGCGUCUGCCAGACAGCUGCGUGAGCGUCAGUGCGCCUAUACGAAUGCGAGACGAUCAACCCAUACCGGAGGACGCUACCAUAAAUGAGCUGGAGAUUGAUUCAACACCGCUUGGGUUAAGGAGGCGGCAGCGCUCGACAAACAGCCGCGCAUUUGUUUCAUUUCUUCCGUCACCUCGCGAAAGGGAAGUGGGAACCAGCGGCUGGUCUGAAAUGAAUAUGUCGCUUCAGUCCAACGGAGUCGAUUCCCUGGCAACCACUGGCAGUUGGGAGACCGCAGCAACCGGUGUUAAUUCCCUCACAGACACCGCAGCGCAGGGAAGAUCGGAACCUGAUGGGGAAAUUGCUCGUUUCAUUAGCCGAGAGGAAAUUGAGCGCUGCGUUUUGGUUUCAGUGGAAGGACGCUUCCGGACGCACAUCAACUCCUUGAAGAAGCACGAGCUUUUGUUGUCACCACCAGAGGCAGAGAAAAUUGCGGCAACAAGGCGGUCCGUUCUCUCGGCUGUAAAUGCGUCCACCACAUCGCCGAUGGUGCAAAAUAUCAUUGAGUUCUUUAGCAAUUAA